UUCAUGGGCGCCAGCUACUACGUGAACGGCGUGGGUGGGGCGCCCCCCGAACCCUCCAGGGGGCCCGACGGGGAGCGGCGCCCCCUUCCCUGGGAACCCAACGUCCCCCGCCCCGAGUUCGACCUCACGCUGCCCCAGAACGUCACGGCGCUCAAGGACGAUAACGUUUAUCUUCACUGCAACGUUUACAACAGAGGAAACAGAACGGUGUCCUGGAUCCGCGACGCCGACCUCCACAUCCUGACGGUGGCGCAGUACACCUACACCGCCGACGACAGGUUCGAGGUCAUCCACUCCCCGGACUCCAACUCCAACUCCUGGGUUCUGAAGAUCAAGUCAGUUCAGCCUCGAGACUCGGGUCGCUACGAGUGUCAGGUCAACACCCACCCGACUGACCCGAUCACGUUCCCCGUCUACCUGACCGUCUUUGAGCCCAAAGCCCGCAUCCUGGGGUCGCCGGAGAGGUAUGUGGACAGAGGCUCGACCAUCAACCUCACCUGCAUCAUCAAUCAUAAUCCAGUGUCUCCCACAGAGAUCUUCUGGUACCAUAACAACAAGGUGAUCAACUACGACAACCGAGACAGCCGGGUGAGCGUGAUCACGGACCGCGGCGCCGUGACCAAGACCAUCCUGCUGAUCCACGACGCCCACGACGGCGCCACAGGGACCUACUCCUGCGUGCCCUCGCCCUCCGCCACCGCCUCCGUCAGGGUGCACAUCCUCAACGCAGGAGAAACGCCCGCAGCGAUACAGCGGAACAGCGCUAUCUCCAUCACCUUCCCCAGCAGCAUCUUGCAGCAUCUCCAGCGUUAUCUCAUCUCCAGCAUCGUCUCCCUCGCAAUAAGCUCUCUCCUUACUUCAUCUUCAUUAGCUGUCUAAGAAUGGGGUUUUAGUUGGUGCCAGUGGUGGUAAUGAUGGUAAUAAUG